AGUCCGUGUGGAAUAUUACGUAAAUGAAAACACAUUCAAAGAAAGACUGCAACUUUACUUCAUUAAGAAUCAGAGAUCAAGCCUACGAAUACGAGUUGCCGACUUGUUUUUUAAGUUACUAGCAUGUGUUCUGUAUAUACUACGUGUGAUAACGGAUACGAAUCCAACAUUUGCAACAUGUUAUGGCUGCUCAGUGAGCAAUAAAACCGAAUUUCUCGUUUCGGCUCAACUAACCGAAGAGGAAUUCCAGGAGAAUCCUAUAAUCAAUUGGGAGGCUAUAUUAUGGGUGAAUCGGCCCACAGUGCUGUGGGCAGCGCAAUUAAUUUUAGCAUUAGUAUCACUAACGGAGGCCGUACUACUAACAUAUCUAGGCUAUAAGGGAAAUAUCUGGCAACAGAUUCUUUCGUUUCAUUUCAUUCUAGAAUUAAUUACGACAAUACCAUUUGCAUUAACGAUACUAUGGUCGCCUUUAAGAAAUCUAUUUAUACCCAUAUUCCUCAAUUGCUGGCUGGCGAAGAGAUCGUUGGAGAAUAUGUUCAACGAUCUGCAUCGUGCCAUGCAGAAGUCACAAUCAGCGCUCUCCCAACAACUCACCAUACUCUCCGCCACACUGUUGUGCCUGGUGUUCACAAGCGUCUGUGGCAUACAGCAUUUUCAACGCGCCGGUCAUCGUCAUUUGAAUUUGUUCCAGAGCACGUAUUAUGUGGUUGUGACAUUCUCAACAGUCGGUUAUGGCGAUUUCGUGCCCGAUAUAUGGCCUUCACAGCUUUAUAUGGUGAUUAUGAUUUGCGUAGCACUUAUAGUGCUGCCAACGCAGUUCGAACAAUUGGCCUUCACGUGGAUGGAGCGUCAGAAAUUGGGCGGUAGCUAUUCGUCGCAUCGAGCGCAAAGUGAAAAGCACGUAGUCGUCUGUUCUACAACACUGCAUGCCGAUACAAUCAUGGACUUCCUCAACGAAUUUUAUGCGCAUCCACUGCUGCAAGACUACUAUGUGGUGCUGCUGAGCCCCAUGGAGCUGGACACAACAAUGCGUAUGAUAUUGCAGGUGCCGAUUUGGGCGCAACGUGUCAUUUAUAUUCAGGGUUCCUGUUUAAAGGAUGGCGAUUUGGCACGUGCGCGCAUGAAUGAGGCGGAGGCUUGUUUUAUUUUAGCUGCUCGCAAUUAUGCCGAUAAGACUGCAGCCGACGAGCAUACGAUAUUGCGUUCGUGGGCGGUUAAGGAUUUUGCGCCGAGUGUGCCGCAAUAUGUGCAGAUAUUUCGACCGGAGCACAAACUUCAUGUGAAAUUUGCGGAGCAUGUCGUCUGCGAGGAUGAAUUCAAAUAUGCGCUGCUAGCCAACAAUUGCACUUGUCCCGGUGCGAGUACGUUGGUCACAUUGUUGUUGCACACGUCACGCGGACAGGAAGGUCAACAAUCACCGGAGGAAUGGCAUCGUCUUUAUGGCAAGUGUUCCGGCAAUGAGAUCUAUCACAUUGUACUCGGCGACAGUCGCUUCUUCGGCGAAUACGAGGGCAAAAGUUUCACUUACGCCAGCUUUCAUUCGCAUCGAAAAUAUGGCGUUGCAUUGGUAGGCGUACGUCCAGCCGAGCUGCCUGAAUUCUACGAGGACACAAUUUUGCUGAAUCCCGGGCCGCGGCAUAUCAUGAAGAAGGAUGACACAUGCUAUUACAUGAGCAUCACAAAGGAGGAGAAUUCGGCAUUUGUUGUCAAUCAAAAUCAGAAUCAAAAUUUGGAUACACAAGCGACGACGAAGGAGGGUGCUACUGAUAAUCUAACGUCUGUGAUAAUCUCAGAUUCGAAGCAGAAUCUCAAGGAUACAACGGUGACAUCGAUGAAUGCAACGCAAACACCCUCUGCAACUACAACCACCACUGUCACCACAACGAUACCGCCAAUGCUGGGCAUGGGCGGUGGUGGCAGCGGCGGUGGUGGUGGCGGUAAUGGCUUGGGGGGCGGCGGCGGCCAUAGUGGUGGCGGUGGAGGAGGUGGCUUGAGUGUUGCGAGCGCUACACUAGCCACCAGCAAUCAUCUAGAUGUGCCACAAGCUGGAAAUCCAAAUCUGCUUAGUCCCGAUGUGCUCAAUCAGCGAAGAGGAAGUCGUCGGCCAUCUAUAUUACCAGUACCGGAUAUGUUCACCUCAUCUUCUUUUAGCAUAUCAGGCAACGAUGAUGGCGAAGAAGGCGAUGAAAGUGAGGACGAAAUCGACGAUGAUGUCCCUUGGCGAUCGCCGUCCGAGAAAAUAGCCAUCGUUAAGGGUUUCCCGCCCGUCUCCCCAUUCAUCGGAGUCAGUCCGACGCUGUGUUAUUUGCUAAAAGAGAAAAAACCAUUGUGUUGCCUGCAACUGGCGCAGGUUUGUGAGCACUGUAGCUAUCGCAAUGCCAAGGAGUAUCAAUGGCAAAACAAGACGAUUAUACUGGCAGCCGAUUAUGCAUCGAAUGGCAUUUACAACUUCAUCAUACCGUUACGUGCACAUUUCCGUUCGAAAACGUCGUUAAAUCCGAUUAUAUUGUUGUUGGAGCGUCGACCGGAUGUGGCCUUUCUCGAUGCACUCUCGUACUUUCCACUGGUGUAUUGGAUGCUCGGUUCAAUCGAUUGCUUGGAUGACCUGCUACGCGCCGGCAUUACCCUUGCCGAGAGUGUGGUGGUGGUGAAUAAGGAGCUGUCUAACUCAGCGGAGGAGGAUUCGCUGGCCGAUUGCAAUACCAUUGUUGCUGUGCAGACAAUGUUCAAAUUCUUUCCGAGCAUAAAAAGCAUUACAGAACUAUCGCAGAGCUCCAAUAUGCGCUUUAUGCAAUUUCGUGCGCACGACAAAUAUGCGCUGCAUCUGAGCAAAAUGGAGAAGCGUGAAAAGGAGCGUGGCUCGCACAUCUCGUAUAUGUUUCGUUUGCCUUUCGCUGCCGGCGCAGUUUUUAGCGCCUCCAUGCUGGAUACGCUGCUCUAUCAGGCGUUCGUCAAGGACUAUGUGAUUACGUUUGUACGCCUGCUGUUGGGCAUCGAUCAGGCACCGGGUAGCGGUUUUUUGACUUCGAUGCGCAUCACCAAAGAUGAUAUGUGGAUACGCACCUAUGGUCGACUGUAUCAGAAACUCUGUUCGACAACUUGUGAAAUACCGAUUGGCAUUUAUCGCACUCAGGACACAUCGAAUACGGAAGCAUCACAUUACGACGAAGAAGCGGGUACACCCGAUUCGACGAAGGACAGCAGCGAGGUCCUUCGUGGCGUUACAUACCGACCGCCUUCGGCAUCUGGUCAUCAUCAUCAAAGCCAUCCAUCACAACAGAAAUCAACCACCUGUUUGGGUGGCUGUUCGGAACGGAAAGGCUCCUCAUAUUCAAUCAAUUUGGCCGAUGAGGCACGCAACAAUCAUGCACAACAAAUUGAACGUGCCGAAAUAGCGAAUUUGGUGCGCAGCCGCAUGGAUUCGUUGAAUUUGCCAACAAACGACUAUGACGACGUGAGCGAGAAGCGCAAUCAUCUCUCAUAUGUGAUAAUCAAUCCGAGCUGUGAUCUCAAAUUGGAGGAAGGCGAUGUCAUCUAUCUAGUACGACCAUCACCAUUUUCAGCGCAAAAAACGUUCGAACGUCACAAUUCGCGCCGCAAAUCAAACAUAUCCUUCUGUUCGAAUAUCAAUUUGGGUGCCGCUUGCGGUACAAACGUUAAUGCAACACAGGGUGCCGGCUCACGUCGCGGCUCCGGCUUAGCCGGUCUUAAUCCGAUGCAAAUGCAAAGCGUCCAGACGUUGGCCGGGUAUGGUUCGCCACGCUGCUCGCCGCCAAUACAACAAAUUAAAUCCAAUUCUCUUUCUCUACCCGACAGUCCGACGGUUGUUGGCGCGCAGCGCGGCCGGAGCAAUUCAUUGCGGAUCGACAAUGAUAUAUUGCUGCGGCGUUCCUCCUCGCUGCGGCAGGGUUUACCCAAUGUCGGUGUAAGCCAUGGCCGACGUAAAUCUUCGCUGGAGGAAAUAGGCAUCAGUCAUUUUACAACGCUGAUGCAGGCAACGAAUCAUACGAAUCCAAUAAAAAUUGCGCUCAAUGGCAGUAUAGGAUUGGAGGUCACCCCACCCGAAGAGCCCACGCCAAUUUUAGGCGUACCCUGCAUCAUAGCAGGUAGCGCCGGUGGUGGCAUUAAUCCCUCGGCUUUGGGUGGCUCUACACUCGGCGGUGGUUCAUCGCUGGCCAUUAAUACAGCCGAUCUUGGCGCCUCACCCACAUCGAGCAACACAAAUUCACCGCUACAAGUGCCACAACAGGAUUCACAACAAUCCGGACAAAUGCAAUCACCGCAACAUUUACAAGGGACAAUUGUAUGAUACAACCUUAUGUGGGGUCGUAGGCUCCGCUCGUCGAUAUCGAAGAAAAACAAAUGGAUAUAAUAUAAGUAGAAAUCGGAACGGUGCUAAGGUGUCGCCACAGCAGCGGAGUCCAACUUGACCAGAGUAAAAUUAUAUGUAGCACAGUGCGCACACUGGACAUCACAGCUCACACACAACAAAUGGCAAGCAUAGACGACUAAGCACAAGUAGUUAGGAGCAAUUGAAAUUGCGUAACUGGAGUGUAUGUAGUUAGAUAUGCACAUUAUCUAUUGAAGAGUGAGCGAUGGAAACGUAGGAAAAUUCGGGACAAAGGCUGAAUGUCGUCAAAUUAAAACUCGUUCAAAGGCAACGAUUUAAAAUAUGCAGUAGGUUUGAAAUUGAAAAUUUUGAGUUUAAGCUCCAUAGUGAUUAAUUGUAUUUAUGUUAUUUAUGUGCAUAUAUAGAUAAGAUGAAUCGUUCAAUUGUAGUUGUAGAAAGGCUUUUAAAGUAAUGCGAAAAAUAAUGUAUUUAUUUACAUAAAACGAGUAUUAUUUCAUUAAAAUGUAGAAGAACUAUGUAAAUCAUGAUUAUUUAUUUGUAGUCUUAAAAAAAAUAUCAUUUAUUUGUGGUUUAUUC